AUGGCCACCCUGCCGACUCGCCAGCCAGUCAUUCUGAGGUGUUUGCCACUUGUUGUGGCUUUGUUGUGGGGACAAACAUCAGGCAGACUAUUGGAAAAACGACGUUUGUCUGACAACUCCAACAACUUUGCUACUCUUUCUUCAAGUUCAACUGCAAUGAGUAUUAUAGGUCACACAAAUACUUUUGAUGAAGUAGACAUUGCCCAGGAGCAUCUCAAUUACUGGAUGAAGCUGUCCAUCACUCAACUAUGUGCUCUCGAACCAAUCCAAAGUGGUGAGGAAAGUGGAAGGGAUGCGAUGUUCAGGAGUGCAGGGAAUCCAGGACUCUUUCACAUGAAGAAUGCACAUGCUUUGAAAAACCUGAAAUCAGUUCACAUGAUCCCAAUUCGUGUGAGAAUACAAGGAAGGGUCAGUCUAGACUUAACAAUGUUACAUGGCAAAUUAAAAUGCAACAAGUAA